AGGGACACGAAACAUCUGGAACUCAUUUGUACCCGAUGGAGUGAAAUACAAAAAAGAAGGAAAAAAAACUGCUUCAAUAAAAUUGCAUUUUUAGUACAGCAGGGCUUUUUUCAUUGGCCUGACGGGACAGCAGCGAGGGGGCGCUCUGCUCCCCGAGACUGUGUGUGUAGCGCGAGCCCGGUGGAUGAGCGCGGGGCUUUUUCCCAUAUGCCAGCGAAACGGGGCGCGAGACGGGUGCGCCUCGCGAUCCUACCGUGAGAACGCACGUACGGAGCGCCGAACAUACAGGGAAACGGACGUACGCGCUUGAAGACGGACACGUGCACGCAGAGUCCCAGACCGAGCGAGUGAAGAAAGUGAAAAAGGCGAGAAAGAGGAGCGAGGGGGAGGGAGAACGGAGUGGCGCUCAUCAUUUUCUUGUCGUCUCGGCUGUAAGGAAUACGAAGCGACCCCCAUCCAUAACUCAGCUUAGUGACAGGCCAGGUGACACUCCUCGUGUUGCCGGGUGGCGGAAGGACCACCGCGAGCGCCCUGGCUGGAGCCGAGCCGAGGCGUGCCUUCUUCACGCGGACCGCACCGACGACGGCGCACUCGAGAAUCAUGCCUUCUCUGUGGGACGCCGCACGUGGGGUGACCCCAACAGGCCUCUGGGGCUGGUGAGGUGUGGUGCUGUACCAGGUACUGUCUCCCAGCUUUACCAAGAGCCCCAAGAAAUUGAUCCCCUGCCAUAAUGCUGAGUGAAGAACUCCACCGCAUAGCAGCCUAAAUGAUUUUUUGUAAGGACGCUGCCGAACCCUCCCAAUCUGUCAACAUGAGGAGCAAGUAUGAGCAGUAUUACAACAAGACUGUCAUCCAGAUCCAUUACAUGUUUGCCAAGAACCUCACGCAGGAGAAUUUGGACGACCGCAAGCGGCCCAAUGCGGGAUUGAACAAUUUAUCCAUCUUGUUUGUCAUCAUCUGUAGCCUCAUCAUCCUUGAGAACGUGCUGGUACUCAUUGCUGUCUUUCGCAAUAAGAAGUUCCAUUCAGCCAUGUUCUUCUUCAUUGGGAACCUGGCCUUUUCUGACCUGCUAGCCGGUUCUGCCUACAUUGCCAAUAUCUUCUUAUCCGGCCCUAAGACCUUUCAUCUGUUCCCGGUACAGUGGUUCGUUCGCGAAGGAACAGCCUUCAUUGCUCUGGCAGCCUCUGUCUUCAGUUUACUGGCUAUUGCCAUCGAGCGAUACAUUGCAAUCACGAAAGUAAAAGUGUACGGCUCCAACAAGACCUGCCGCAUGUUCCUCUUGAUCGGGACGUGUUGGGUCACCUCCAUUCUUCUUGGGGGAUUGCCAAUCUUGGGCUGGAACUGUAUUGGUGACCUGCCCGAGUGCUCUGCCGUGCUACCACUCUACUCCAAGCGUUACACGAGAUUUGUAGUCAUCAUCUUCAGUGUCAUCCUCCUCUCCAUUGUCAUCCUGUACGUUCGCAUCUACCGGAUCGUGCGCUCCAGUCAUCAGCAAGCCACAAACUCGCAGGCCUACGCCUUGCUGAAGACUGUCACCAUUGUGCUGGGCGUUUUCAUCAUGUGCUGGCUGCCAGCGUUCUCCAUCCUCCUCCUGGACACAUCCUGCAGCAUGGCCUUGUGUCCCAUCCUGUCCAAUGCCAACAUCUUCUUCGGCGUGGCCACCCUGAACUCAGCAUUGAACCCGUUGAUCUACACCUUGCGUAGCAAGGACAUGCGUAGGGAGUUCUUGCGGGUACUCUGCUGCUGGGGGCUGUUCCAAAGCGGGCGGCCUUCAGAGCGCUGCAUGGUGCCACUCAAGAGCUCCAGCUCAAUGGAGCACUGCACCAACAAGCACGAACACCAGACCAUGCCUAUAAUGCAGGAGUGCACGACCUGUGUCUAAAGGAUAUACAACACAUGGGGACAGAAGCUGACUGUGCCUGGUACCACCUUCACCUUGACACUGCAGCGACCUCCAGGAACGUCGCCCACCUCCGCCCAGGGCGGCACUGUGUGUUUUGAGGUAAAGGAGGAGGGGCUCGUUUGCCAAGUAAUCAUCCCUGAAUCCAGUCACGUUUGGCUGUACAGAAUCAUCGUUUGCUGAGUUCACCAACGUCGCCAGGGAGUUGAUCCACCGUGGUCACUGUGAUUUCCCUGGCAGUAACUAUGCACAUGGACAAACAUAUACUUUAAAAUGUAUUUGAAAGCUCACAUGAAUACAAGUA